AUGAAACGCGCACCACCUGAAUCAACAGUGAUGUCAACGUCGUGCUCUCCAGCAAAACAUCCUAAGUUGGAUGUUUCUUGCAAUACAACAGUAAACAUUGAUGAUAUCACUAUUGCACAAGAUUCUGUAAUAAUACCACGAUCCUAUCAAACUGAACUAGUCGAACAAGCUAAAGAUGAAAAUUUGAUCGUUUGUUUACCCACUGGUAGUGGGAAAACUUAUAUAGCUGUGAUGCUCAUCAAAGAAUUGGCACAAGAGACGCGUAAGAGUAUUUACGACGGAGGAAAACGAACUGUAUUUCUCGUCAAAACAGUUGUACUUGUUCAACAACAAAGUGAUUAUAUUCGUAUACAUACAGAUUUGACUGUUGGCACAUAUUACGGUGAUUUAGGAGUGGAUUCUUGGUCAAAAGAGAAAUGGAUCAAUGAAUUUGAGAACCACCAAGUACUUGUAUUUACUGCUCAGGUUUUUCUCAAUCUGAUUGAACAUAACUAUUUCCCUUUGUACAAUGUCAACUUAUUAAUUUUUGAUGAAUGCCAACAUUCAACAGGAGAAAGUUGUUAUCCUGCAUUGAUGAGAAGAUACAAUGAAUGUCACGAUCCACCCCGUAUAUUAGGCCUAACAGCAUCAAUCAGCGCAAAAAAAAUCACACCUUAUCAACUGUCAAACGCUGUUCAGCAGAUUGAACAAACUUAUAAGGCUCGAGUUGCUAGUGGUACAAAUAGAGAAGAAAGUAAUCGGCAUGGUACAUCAGUUCAAUUCGAACCAAUCCGCUGUUUAACCUAUCAAGAUCAGCUUGAAAACGAUCAAGAAAGUAUCAAAAUUCCUUUUGAGACAAUUCAAUCAAUUGUAGAUGAUUUGAAACCGUAUUUGAGCAAACAAAAAGCAGAACGUGAAAACAUUGAACAAGAUCUUGUGGAAUUUAUGCUCAUGACAGACUAUUUGGAUGAAAAUUUUCUUGAAUACAUUGCUCGACAAAAAUCAAGUGUUGGUUCAACAGCAAUGACAGCAAAAUAUAAACGUCAAACCAUAAAAGAAUUUCGGAGUGGUGAAAUCAAUGUUUUAGUGGCUACGGCCGUAGUCGAAGAAGGUCUUGAUAUUCCAAAAUGUAAUCUUGUAUUCCGUUUCAAUAGACCACCGAAUUUUUCGUCCUAUAUGCAAUCGAAAGGACGCGCCAGAGCCAAACAAAAUGCAUCGUAUGUAAUUCUAAUUGAUGGACUCGACGGAAAAAGUGUUUCGAACGAUAUGAUCACGUACCAAAGUUAUGAACAAAUUGAAAAGAUGCUUCAAGAAGAAUUUUCUAUCGAUAAUGAUGAUGAUUUUAAUACAGAUGAUUUGAAUCAAUUGGAACCUUAUCGAAGAGAGAAUGGUGCGGUCAUUAGGGCAGUACGAGCUGCUCAGAUUAUCCACCAAUAUUGUGCAAUAAUUGGCAAUGGUCGGCUAUGUCCACCUAGAAUUCUUUAUCAUAAAACUAGUCAGAGUACCUUUAUAAGUGUUCUCUCAAUGCCAGCAAACUGCCCAGUGAGUGAGGAUAUUAAAUGUGAAAAUAAAAGUAAAAAGCUGGCCAAAUUCCAAUGCUGCUUGAAAAUGGUUGAGUUGCUGCAUCGAAACAAAGCAUUGGAUGAUUCAUGUCGUCCUUUUAGUAAGAUUUCAUUAAUAGAAAAGGACAUUUUGAUCGAACAUGAACUGUUUAAAUUGUGUGAUGAGCUGUUCGAAAAGAAAAAUAGCGAUACUAUAGAACAGUUUGAAAGACAAAUCAAUACAUUUCCUCGUCAGUCGAAUGACUCCUCCGACACUUGGCAUCUCUACCGAAUCAAUAUUCGAAAAGAAAAAGACAAACUUGGAUUUAUCGUACCAUCGAAACUAGUCGACAUACCACGUUUCUCUUUGUAUGAUGCUGGUGAUGAAAUAUUAACCGUAGAUAUAACCUAUCUAUAUUGGACUGAACAAUUACGACAAUUGUUUGCUUCGAAACUUAAAAUCUAUUCGAUUAUGGAUAUGAAGUACACGGGAAAACUUAUAAACUUUGAUGAUUGUCUUAACAAUAUCGAUCCGGCACUAACUACAACACUCUAUACUACUCGAAGGCCUAUACUACCCUUGACGAUAUUUUCGUAUGAUUCAUUAACUGCAAACAAUCAAUCCAUAAAUGAACAACCAUUCGCGGAUAUACUCUUCCAAGCAAUAACACGACGCUCUUGUGGUGAAAAAAUGGACAAUGAAAAUCUCGAAGUUCUCGGUGACUGUUUUCUCAAAUUGGCUGUUUCCAUGGCGUUGUAUUAUCAAUAUCCAUCGGCCGAUGCUGGUCUCUUGACAGUAAAGAAAAAUAAACAAAUCUCCAAUGAAAAUCUGUAUCGAUUAGCCAUUCAAAAAGAACUGAAAAGCUAUUUGAAUGCUAAUAAAAUUGAAGUUCGAGGUCAAAAUGCCAAUUGGCUACCACCUGGAUACAUGAUCAAUGACACCGAAUCAAUCAUCGGUCAACGCUACGCUUAUCAAACUGCUAAAAGAAAAGCUUUUAGCGAUAUGAUUGAAGCAUUUAUUGGUGCUUUUCUCAUUUCGACGAAUUAUACAACGACAAUCCAAUUCAUGCAUUGGCUUGGUCUCCGUGUGAUUUCUGUUGCAGAAUCACCAUCCAUUCUUCGUUCGAAUAUAGGAUCGACUAAUGAAAAUCAGAUCUGUGAGAUCAUUAAUAAAUUUUUUCAUAACAAAGCAUUUAAUGAAAUUGAAACAAUGAUAAACUAUACCUUUCAAAACAAGGCGUAUCUUAUUGCAGCAUUCACUCAUCCGUCAAGUUUUUCCAAUCGUCUAACAGAUUGUUAUGAAAGAUUAGAGUUUCUUGGAGAUGCAAUACUUGACUUUUUAGUUACACGCUACGUAUUCGUCAAUUACAAUCAGAAGGUGACACCAGGUCGCGUCACUGAUAUUCGUCAAGAUCUAUCGAAUAACGAUCGUCUUGCCUAUAUUUUGGUAGCAUGUGGUCUUCAUCGUAAAAUUCUUCAUAAUUCAACUGAUCUAUUUGGUCAUAUUUCAUCGUAUGCUGGUGAUGAAGACGUCUUUCUUAAAGACCAAUCAGUUGAUCAAUAUUUAAGCAAAGAUCUUGAUCAAUGGGCCGAUUCCACAGCACCCAAAGCUCUCGCUGAUGUAUUUGAGGCACUUGUUGGUGCCAUCUUUCUCGAUUCAGGCAAUUCUCUAGACGUCGUAUGGCGAGUCGUCGAACCUCUACUAGGAAAAUAUCUUGAUCAAUCAAUUAAUCAUCCCAAUUUGAAUCCUAUAAGAUCGUUUACAGAGACUGGUGGCAAAAUAGUCCAUGAAUCAAUAGACAAGAGCGAUGACAGACCGAUAGCAAUCUGCGUCGUUCGAACAGCAAAUGGUGUUCUGGUCGAAGGUCGUGGCUUCAAUGCUAAGAUAGCUAAAAUGAAUGCCUGUCGACAAGCCCUGAAAAAAUAA